UUCAUUAUUUUUUCCCCUCACCUGUACAAAGGCUGCCAACAAUUGUGCUUGGUGCUAUAUUUAACAGAAACUCCAGAGUGUUAUCACACCACUCCAUUCCACACUGAAACAGAUCCCUGACAAACAGAUCCCUGACAAACAGAUCCCAUUACAUCACAUCCCUGUAUGUUCCUCUAACAUAAUAUAUUGCUGAGGCGUUAGGGGAUGCCAGCGUGAUAUAACAGACUUAGGGUCAACACAUGCGUGCGCACACACACCAUCUUAGACAUGAAGAGGUUAUCUUACCCCAACACACAAGCAUCAGACACAAACACACACUCACACACACAACGACAGAGCAACCAAGGCACUCAUAGAUACACUGAGGAACAGUACCUAUUAGAAACACAGACAGACAGUACCUAUUAGAAUCUCAGACUAUGGAUUUAAAGAGUCUGUUUGUUGUAGCCCAGUUCAUAAAGGCAAGAUGUGCCCAUGGCAUGACAGCAGGAGUCGCCAAAAAGGAUAAAAAUUAUAUUUUCUAUGAGGUGGAGAUUCAGGACUCUAAGAAGUUAAAGCUGUGCUACUUGGACAAGGUGGAACCUACUGCCACUAUUGGAGACAUCAAGUGCUUGUUACACAAGUACUAUCCCAAAUGGUAUCCAGCCAGACAGGCUCUGACUCUUCACCCAGACGGCCAGUCGUUGAAGGAUGAUGAGGUGUUGGAGAAUCUACCGGUGGGAACCACGGCAACAAUGUUCUUCCAUGACCUGGGACCCCAGCUGGGGUGGACAAUGGUGUUUCUGGCAGAAUGUAUUGGACCCCUCUUCAUCUACCUGCUCUUCUUCCUCCGCUUGCCCAAUAUCUACGAGCCGGAAAAUGACUACACCACCAGUCCUUAUUCCGUGGUCAUGCUGGCGUGUGUAUGCCACUGUGUCCACUACUUCAGGAGGUUGUUGGAAACCAUAUUCAUUCAUCGCUUCUCCAAAGGGACCUUACCACUGCACACUAUCAUGAGGAACUGUCUGUACUACUGGGGGUUUGCUGCUUGGCUGGCAUACUACAUCAACCACCCCCUCUACACCCCACCCUCAUAUGGGAACCUCCAGGUGUACUCUGCUUUGGUCCUGUUUGUGUUAUGUGAGGCUGGAAACUUCUCAAUUAAUUUGGCACUCAACAACUUGGGCUGUAAUGGUCUGAAGCCCAGACGGAUCCCCUAUCCGAACAGGAACCCAUUCACCUGGCUUUUCUUCUUCGUCUCCUGUCCCAACUACACGUACGAGGUGGGGACUUGGCUGAGCUUCUCGGUCAUGACACAGUGUGUCCCAGUGGCUCUCUUCACGCUCUUCGGCUUCAUCCAGAUGACCAUCUGGGCGCGGGGAAAACACCGGACGUACACCAGAGAAUUCACAGACUACCCAGAACUCAGAUCGGCCAUCAUCCCCCUGUUCCUCUAAGCAGGGGGCAGGGUGGCGACAAGGGGGUCAUCUCGAAUGACAACCCCAUUCCCAAAACGACAGCCCUAUUUCAUACGCUUCUGGCUGGAGCCAAGUGCCGGCCGGCUGCCACAAAGGCAUCUGGACAAAUGCAGUGAGCUACAUGGGGAAAAGGGAGCACUGUGCUGGGCAUAGGGUAUGGUUCCAGCCAAAUGUAGUGGCUAGCGCCAUCACUCAUCCCUAAACCGGGUUCACAGCCGGCUCAAAUACAUCCCACACAGCAAGCCCGGUCGCGCUUACCUAAGGUGUUUGAAAGGAAGCUAAUAUGUUUGACCUAGAUUGGUGCAAGCUGACGCUGAAUGGUUCGGUGUUCGACGUGGGACUCUGAAUAAAAUGUUUGGUUUCUGUUGGGGUGUCGUAGCUGACUGAGUCAAUUCCCUUUAAAUUCCAGGCAAAUCAGAAAAACUAAAAGAUUGAAAAAGCGUUGGAAACUGGAAAUGCAAUUUUCAGCUGAACAAAUUCUGGCCUAAACCGAAUUUCUAAUUCCAAAUCGAAAAGCAUUGAAGAGAAAUUGGAUUGGAUUCGGGAUUUCUGUGCUCUUCCUGAAUAUUCUGGAUUUGAAAUGGAAUUGAAACCCUGGCAAUAUCUGGUGUCUUGGGUAUCUGGAGUGUGUUGGGACAUUAUCAUGGCGUACAUUUGUAGCAAACUGUGGCACCACAAAGACUGUUUGGUAGAGUUUGAUUGCAUAGGCAGAAUGACCUGGUCACCUCAUGGAGUCUGGUUCCUCUCCAGGUUUCUUCUUGGGUUCCUCUCCAGGUUUCUUCUUGGGUUCCUUCCAUGGGGUUUUUUCUAGUCUCUAUGGUUCUGCCUACAUUGUUGGCUCUUUGUGCUUUUAUACUGGUUGUAUGUAAAGCUAUUAAUAAAACGUGCUAAUGUAAAAAAUACAAUUAAUAAAACGUGCUAAUGUAAAAA